UCCUGCGCGGUUUUCCGUACAACAACACGGAAGUGAUCACGGAAGGAACUAUUCAUAGUUAUUUUAACAAUGUUUAUUUUAUAGACGCGUUGUAAUUCAAGCGCAUACCAUACAGAAAACAAAGCUAAUAUAACAAUGUAGGUUUUAAAUGAAUUCGCUUGACGUUCGACGUUGUGGUCGCUAGCGAGGCAUGUGUUAGCAAGCUGCUAGGCAAAUGAUUGAGUAGCCCGUUCAAGAUUCAUUGGUCAUUUUUUUAGGGUAUAAAAUGAAAAACAUGUUCCGGACCGGGUUCCUGGUUCGGGCCACUCAUACUGUGCUUACCUGGGUCAUAACGCUGAUUCUCUUCGUGCACAACACUGAGUUGCGUCAAUGUGAGGAGCGCGGCGAGCUGACGCUUCCUGUGCUGUUCUUCCUGCUGGUGGUGCUGUCGGUGUUGUUGUACUUUGCGGUUUCUCUCAUGGACCCGGGUUUCGUCCUCUCCGACACUGUUAAGCCUUCAGAUUUGGAAACCGAGUCCAUGGUGCCUCAGUCAUCCACAUGUCGUCUGCGGCGUUGCGGCUUCUGCCUUCUGCAGCAGCCUAUGAGAGCCAAGCACUGCCCGACAUGCUCUCGUUGCGUGCGUCGCUUUGACCACCACUGCCCGUGGAUCGAGAACUGCGUUGGCGAGCGUAACCAUCGCUGGUUCGUGCUUUACCUGAUGGUGCAGCUCCUCACCCUGCUCUGGGCGUUGCGGGUCGCUAUUUCAGGCAUAUCUCCCAGCGCCACAUGGGAGUCAUGGUUCAGCAUCAAUGCUUUCCUAUUGGCGGCACUGUGCGUAGUGGCUGUGUUCUCUAUGGUGGUGUCCGUCCUGCUGGGCUGCCACAUCUACCUGGUGGCCAUCAACUGUACCACCUGGGAGUUUAUGUCCCGCCACCGCAUUGCAUACCUCAGGGAAUGCAGCGACGAAGACAGUCCCUUCGACCGUGGUGUCCUCUGCAACCUUUGGGACUUCUUCUGUGUGUGUGGCGCCGUGGCCUGGGAGCAGGUCUACCGCAGGAACCCGCAAAAUCCCGUCUGAGCGGCAUCAAGUUCAGAUCUGAGACUAAAGGUUUUUCACAGACAUUUUCCUUGUUACUCUGACCUGCGUUUUAAACCCAUUAAGGAUGGCAGCUGAUCAAUCAGAUAAAGGAUUAUAGGAAGUAAAUGGACAAAAAGGAAAGGAACCAGACGGGAAAUAGGAAGGAAGCAAUUAUGCAAGCAGGACUGAAUAAGAAUUGUUUCCUCCUUUUAGCCUUUGCCAGAUUUGUAAAUCCAGCACUACCCAAAGACCGAAGAUCACUCAGAUCAGACAGCAUUUCAAUGGACCAAACAGAAGGUAAAUGAACCAGACAGAAGUAGAUCUACAAAGCAAGUAGGUUUGAUGGAGUCAGAAUCCUCGAGGUUCAUUUACCAGCUCAUCAUGAUACACUUAAACUGUAAGUAGAGCAACCAGAAAGCAAGUUGAUGAAUUGGAAAGGAAGCUAUCGCUAAUGCCUGACUCAAACUACAUGAUCACAGCCCGAUUUUAGCAUUACAGACACUUGUUGGAGAAUUGGCGACUUUCGUGCCUGAUAUUAAGUAGGCAUACCCUCCGACCGUCUCGGACACCUCACGCCCACCAGUCGACCGUCACUAAAUGAUACAAAGUGCUUCCGUGUCCAUUACUGAUUCACAACAGCUUGUCCCGUCCCCAUGCUCUUGGCGGCAAUACGCAAUCAGGUAAGCUCUGCUCUUGUAGUGUGACAACUCGUCCGUUCCAAGACCCUGCGACAUCAUGACACAAUGUCGUGUAAUACUACACUGCGAUUGUCGGGCAAAACAAAACAAAAAUCGUGGCGUCUGGGGAAGGCAUAACUCUUUGUGGUUCUGUACAUGCGGCUGCCAACUUAAGAGUUACAGUAGGUCCAUUCCUCAAGUAGGAGCCAGAACUAGCCAUGAUACAAACAGACGAGACGGCAUAUAGAAGAACGAACAAACAGCGCAGAGAUGCAACUGUCAGAAUAAAGUGAGAGAAGUUUCUUUCGAAAAAACAAAACCAAAUCAAAUACAACUGGAAGUAGGCUGCUUAUGUUUGAGUGAUCAGCUGUGCAGGGCGUAAUCAGGAAGCUAAUCAACCAAUCACUAUGACUGAACCAGAGUUGAAAGUAGAUCAACACAUUUUGCAAAUCAACAUCCAGCUAAACCCACCACAAUGCAAAUAAACUAUAUAGGACAUACAAACCAGACAGGAAGUAUGCGAACAAGAGUGGAUACACAGACGAGAGGGAGUAAGUGGUAGCUAUUUUUUGAGGAUGUUUGUGCACAUUCAUCCAUUCUUACACAUAGCAUUAUAAUCAUUUAAAAACAGUCCUGUCGAGUUUUUCCUCUUUGUUUGGUGUGCUGACACAAUCAUGAAUAAUGUCUUGACAUUGACAUAUUUAAACAUGUCUGGUGUGAACUGUGAUGAAUAAACUACUUUUUUAGUUUGCA